AACGGCUUUCCUUACGUUAUAGAUCAAAGCCAUGUUUGUUUUGGCAGACGUCGAUUCGGUCGUAAGAAAGUUUGUACUCUUUUCCAUGUAGUUGUUUAUGUAAGGUAAUUGUCUAACACGACACAAACACCCCAUAAAUCAGCGCUAUGUGUGGACGUGUGUGUGCCAGCCUUCUUCAGAGAGCCUCAAGUUACAGACUGACAGUUUAUUCCUCUAAGGCAGCCUACCGUUGCCUGACUGGUGAGGAAUCUGGAAUCUGGUCUAAAAGUGGGAGACAUUGCUCCACGCGCCAGGAUCUCGACUUCCAUCAGAGCCUCGUGCAGAUCAACAGCAUCCUCAGAAGCUAUGAGCAGACCGUGAGUGUACCGGAGUUUGAUGGCCGGGCUCUCAGUGCUGUGAGAAAGUUUGACAGCAACCAGUUACCGGCUAAUACGCCCAAUGAGGACCGUCGAAGUGCAGCCACCUGCUUACAGACAAUGGGCAUGCUCUUUGGUGUGUUUGAUGGUCACGGGGGCUGGGCGUGCGCCCAGGCUGUCAGUGAACGACUGCUCUUCUAUGUAGCCGUUGCCAUGAUGUCAAAGCAAAGCCUGGAGGAGCUUGAGAAGUGCAUGGAGCAUGGCAGACCUGUUCCUCCUAUCUUACAGUGGCAUAAACAUCAUGCAGACUUUAACUAUCGCGAAUCUGCCUCUAUGUAUAUAAACCACCUCAGAGUCUUCUGGCAAGAAUUACUGGAGAACGAGGAACAUGGUGCAGGCAUGAGUCCUCAAGAUGCUCUGGACAGUGCUUUCAAGCGACUUGAUGCUGACAUCUCACUGGAGGCUCAAGUGCCCCUGUCCAAUGACCUGAUGAAAAGCACAGCCAUCCAGGUUGCGUUUGCUGGGUGCACGGCGUGUGUGGCUCACGUUGGCAUGACUGGGAUCCACGUGGCAAACGCAGGCGACUGCCGCGCCGUUCUAGGGGUGCAAAACGAGGACGGAUCGUGGAGCGCUCUGCCUCUCUCCCGAGACCACAACUCUCAGAGUCAGGCUGAGGUGGAACGAAUUAAGGCCCAGCACCCACCCUCGGAGAGAGACACUGUGAUCACAGAUGGCAGGCUGCUGGGGGUUCUGAUGCCUCUGCGUGCGUUUGGUGAUGUGAGAUUCAAAUGGAGCCUUGAGUUGCAGCAGAGCGUUUUAGACAGCUUGGAAUCUGGAGUGGACCUAGAUGCGCUCAAUUUGUAUCAGUACACACCUCCCAACUACCUCACGCCACCCUACCUGGAUGUGAUUCCCGAUAUAACCUACCACAAACUGAGACCGCAGGACCGCUUCCUGAUUCUUGGUACUGAUGGGCUUUGGGAUGAACUGGGAAACGAGGAGGCGGUCCGACUCGUCGGAGAGCACCUGAGUGGAAUUCACUUACAGGCUCCAGUUUCUGCGUCUGAGAGGCGGCUGAAAUUAGGUCAAAUGCAUGAGCUCUUGCUGAAACGGCGAGCCCGUGCCUCCCCAGCUCUCGACACCAACGCCGCCUCGCACCUCAUCAGGCACGCUCUUGGAACCGGGGAGUACGGAGAGCUGUCCCAGGAGAAGCUGGCCGCGAUGCUGGCUUUGCCGGAGGACCUGGCUCGAAUGUACAGGGAUGAUAUCACCGCUACCGUGGUGUAUUUGAACUAUGACCUGGCUAGACCUCGCCACAGUUAGCAUGAGUUUUAUCCCAAAACAUUUAUAGCACUUUGCUCAGUUCAGAUUACGGCAGGUAUUUUUCCUCGCCUAGUAUUUUCUGGCCAAACUACAUCCUGUUACACAACGUGAAAAGGUGUUACAUUAUGUGCAGGUGGUACUUAGUAUAAACUGUUCUUGUCGCUUUUACAGAGAUUGCAUAUUCAUAAAUUUACAUGAAAAUGAAGAAGUGCAGAAAUAUUUGAUGUGAAUUACAAAAAGGCACUUUGAUCCUUGCCAGUAUUGUUUCUCUGUCCUACAGCCAUCUGUGCCUUUUGUCCUGCUUACUUUAUGUAAUUUAUAAAAGAAAUCCUCAAACCUCUAUCAUUGAUAUAAAUUAUUUUAAUUGUCACUUUUCCUUGUGGGAAUAAAAAGUACUGAAAUGUUUUAUAAUAA